AUAAAGCAUAAACUGUUCCAAAACAGAACCAAAAUAUCUAAAAUCACUAAACGAAAAGAUCAACUGAUUACAAAAAUGCAGGGCUCUCUGUUCAUCAAACCAACAAUUCUUCUUCCUCUUCCUUCUUCAGUUUCUUCUCCAAAGCUCACUUUUCUUCUUCCUCACGCAACCAAAGCUUCAAGACUCUCAUCUCUCAGAUCAAACAACGCAUCAUCUCCUUCAACUUCUGAUCCUAACACCGUCGACUACAACUCCUCCCUCCUUUCUGUUUUCCCAGCUGAAGCAUGCGAAGUAAUUAGUGGAUACGCUUGUUCUGCUGACAUAUACCCUGAAGUCAAGCUCGACACAAAGCCCGUCUCACGUCCCGUGGCUUCAGAGCCCGUUGACAGAGAAUACGAAGAGUAUAACAACCCUAAAACGGUUUUCCGCGAAGAGGCCUGCGAUGAUCUUGGAGGAGAAUUCUGUGAACCGGGCUAUCAAAAAGAUGCCAACUAGAAGAAACAAGAUUUUAUGUCAUGUGAAUAUGUGUUUGUAUCUCUAGAAGUCUUUGUAACCACUCCUUAAUUAAUGAUAUCUAGCUUCACUACUUAAUCAAGAUUGAUGUUAUGGAUCA